ACCUUUCCAAAUCUACCUUCUCCAACUCAGUCCGAACUGGGUUUUCUCUCUAGUAUAGAUCUUUGCUAAUCAAGCAUUAAUUCAUCUCACUUCUUGUGAGUUUCAUGGUUUUGUGUAUUUUCUAUGUGUCUGCGUAUUUUUCUGGUAUAAGUUUCAAGAUCUAAGAAAACCAGAGUAGUUUUUAUUGGUCAUAGGAGCCUCCAUUUUCAUGGAUCUUGUAAGCAAAAGCUACUUGAUCCAUUUGUCACAAGCUCUUCCUCCAACAACAAGUCCAGGAAGGACAAUCUUUGGGGCUCCUGUUCAUCAUUCAGACACAAGUUUCCCCAUUAUAGCCAUUGCCAUAAUAGGAAUUAUAGCCACAGCUUUCUUGCUUGUGAGCUACUACAUCUUUGUGAUCAAAUGCUGCCUCAAUUGGCACCGUGUUGAUCUUCUCAGACGAUUCUCAUUAUCGCGAAAUAGGCGCGAUGAAGACCAGCUAGUGGCCUACUCUCCAGGGUUAGAGACUAGAGGGCUUGAUGAGGCUGUGAUCAGAUCAAUCCCAUUGUUGCAAUUCAAGAAAGAUAGGAACAGAGGAUUUGAAGAGGGAAGCUUUUGUGAGUGUGCAGUUUGCUUGAAUGAGUUCCAAGAAGAUGAGAAGCUGAGGAUCAUACCAAAUUGCAGCCACAUUUUUCACAUUGAUUGCAUUGAUGUUUGGCUUCAAAGCAAUGCCAAUUGCCCACUUUGCAGAACAAGCAUUUCGACCACAACCCGGUUUCCAUUUGACCGAAUUGUUGCUCCAAGCUCUUCACCCCAAGAUCCAAGUCCAUAUGCAGGUAGCCUAAGUGGCGGUGAUGAAGACUACGUGGUGAUCGAAUUGAGUUAUGAUAAUUCGAUGGAGCAAACAAUGCUUGGGAGGCAAGAAAGACUGAAUUCAGAGGAGGCAUCAGUGAUUUCUAUUAGCCCUUCACCAAGGAAAUUGGAAAACAGAAGUGUGCCCAAGAAAUUAGCAAGAAAGUUUCACAACAAGGUUACAAGCAUGGGGGAUGAAUGUAUUGACAUUAGAGGCAAAGAUGAGCAGUUCUCAAUCCAACCCAUAAGGAGGUCUUUCUCAAUGGACUCUUCAGCUGAUAGGCAGCUCUAUUUGGCAGUUCAAGAGGCUGUGCAGCAGCAGCAGCAGCAGCAGCAGCAGCACAGGCAAGUCAAUGAGAUGAGUCCCAUUGAAGGUUGUAGUAGUAGUGGUAGGGUUAGAAGAUCUUUCUUUUCUUUUGGAAAUGGUAGGGGAUCUAGAAGUGCAAUUCUUCCUGUUUAUUUGGAGACAUAGGCCAAGUUUUUUUUCCUUUCAGUCUGCCUUAUUUUUUUCUUCUUGGGA